CCAGGAUGAGGGAAUGAACGCCGUCAUAUGAACUCUGUCUCACUGCUGCGAAACGUGGAAAGUAUAUUCCCACCAUGGGAAAAAUUCCUGGAAUCUGCUGCUGCUGCAGCUUUCUUUGGACCUCCUUACAGCACUCAGGAAACCUUCAACAGCCACAAAUAUCCAUUCAAAGACCCUCAACUUCACCCAAAAACAAAAUUUGUAAUGAAACCCUUGAACUGCUUAGCAAUCUUUGUCUUCUUUUGGGUUCGCUAGUAUAGCUUGCGGCAUUUUUUUAAGGAAAGUUGGUGGAUAAGCCAUGCUUAAACUCACAUUUCAGCACUGAUUAUUAAUGUAUCAAUCAUUAGAAGCUAGCUGUCUUUUAUUCAGGGGAAAGAUUACACCUUUGCAAUGGUUGAAUGUGAAAACGGCCUCAAUAAACUUCGAAAUCAUUAUUAAACUGAUUAGUUAUUGAGGUUACUGGAGAAGUUCCUCGAUAUUUACAGCAGGUGUUUUAGGAAAAUGGUAGAAAUCAUUUAUCAUCUUUCUAAUGUGAAGCUGCUCUCACUUUAGCCAAAGUUGACUUGUGAUUCAUUUGAAUACCUGUCAGUUCCUCGUGAUGACUCCUCAUCCGACUAAAUCUUAGAAUCCAUGUAGAUUCCCAACCAAGUCAAAGAGGUCUGAUCAGCAGCUUGAGGUUGUAUUGGGAUAAAUAUGGUUGCCAUCUGUUCUACACUGGAAAAAAAUAUCUUAGUAGCAAUUAAUUUCCACAACCAAUGCAGAAGUAUUGAGCCAUUUUCAUGACUUCAAACUUAAGGCAAGUUUGAAGUCAUGUGUUCUGACUUCCUGCAACACCUGACUGCACCAAGCUCCAGCAAAAGUUAGUGUUUCAUCUUGCUACGCUUAAAAACCUUUACACACUCCUGCUGACUGAUAGCAUAUUCCAUGACUAAAUCCAUUAGUAGAGACACUGCCAGUCUACCACGGAGAUUAAUGAAUGAAUGAGUGAAUGAAUAAUUCACCUGGCAUUCGAGUCUUUGGAGUGUAGAUGAAACUACUGUGCUCCUGAGAAAACCUCGACUAGAGGACAAGCAGACAAAGUGUGCCGUCCUCAGGAAAUGAAGAGCUUGGUUUUCUAAAUCAUUUGCUUUUCCUCAUUUCCUGAAUCUCUCCCUUGUGACAGCUAUUGAUUUGGUAAUGGAAAUCAAUUAUGGAUAAUGGCUUGUACAUGGGUCCACUUAUCAGGAGGAACCAUGAGCCGGAUUGCAUUGCAAAACAUUUGCACGUGCGCACCGAGACACAGGAGCCAGGAUUUCUACCGUGGAUCGAAAUUUAAUAAACAAACAAAAUCUUAAUAAGUAUACACGAUUAAAUAAAGCAAGAAAUAACACGGCUGAACGUCUUAAUUGCUCCCCAUCGUCCUGUUCUCACUUUUUUUACAAACAACAGCUUGGGGAAUAACCCUGACAUAUUGCAAGUGAAAUAUCCUCGCAGGAGAACAAGCACCCACUUCUCCCCAUGACCAAAUUGAUACGUGGGAGUUUAUGGAAAAGUCUCAGACAGCGUCAGAGCGUGACAUAAUGACUCAGCUUGUAGGCGGCCUCUCCGCCACGUCAAAAAAGACCCCACCAGUUUGUCUGAUGCGAGAGCAGACUGCUGGCCCAUCCUUGGGUUUCACUACUCAUUUGUACAUCAUCGACACACAUGCAAACAUACACAGAGCUCCAAGUUCUUUCUGCAAAUGCAAAAGGCUGAAUUUUAAGAGGCUAAUCUGAGAAACCUUGGAACCUUGCUCCAUAUGAGGAAGAAAGGAGGUGCUCCUUCACUACCCAGUGGAAACUUCAAUAAAAAUCACAGAACUGUCAGAGAGCCUCCGCUGUGUUCAUAGUCCUUGAUGAAAUGAUCAUCAGCACAACUUGUGUCCUCUUGGGUCUGUUUUCAAGUUUGCAUCUCUGCUCUGGGAAAUUUGGAACGCCAAUAACUGAUGAUGUGAGCAAGCUGUCUGUGUUGAAGCAGAAUAUCCCCUCUGAUUAUGAGAUUCCUGUUGGUUACAUUCCCAGAGAGGUGGCCGGCACGUGCUGGGUGGUUUUAAACAUCUAUCCUUUGGAGCAAAGUCUUGAAAAGCUGGCCAGCAUGUUCGGUGCCGUGUCAUCAAACAGAGACGACGUCAACAUCUUUGUCACGAUGCUGAAGAGUUUACGCCUCACCUUUGACCAUGAAGAGCUGGAAGCAGCAAUGCAGGACUUCCAGUGUCACUAUCGAGAGAAGAGCUUACUCUCUGGACUUUACUUUGACUACAUCCAAGACCUCUUGCGUGCGGCCACUCAAGGAACAUUGAGUUUCUCUUGCCAGCCACAGCCAUGCCUUAAUCAUCCGCAAACAGCAGAAGGUCAGGAGGAGAGUCACAAAUACAGAUGGUUAAAGAGCAGCUCUUUGCUCUUUGUGCUAAUCCCCUUCACAGCCUGUAUUGUGCUGAUAGUCUGGCAGGUUAAGUCUGGGAGGAACUCAACAGCGUGCAACACUUCAAAUGGCCAAACUGCAUCUUCUGACCUGAUCCCAACUGUGUCUAUCUCCAUCCCACUUCAAACGCUCACCCACGCCGAUGACAGCCAGCCAACGGGGGAGGCAAUCUCUGAACAUGAGAGCGGAUGAAGCGUGAUAAAGCAUAGAAAAAUUUGUGUGGUCUGUCACUUUUCCUGCUCGAGCGCCAGAGGAACUGGAGCUGGUGUAAAGGGAAGGUGCGUUGGCAAAGUUCCCCCAGCUCUUGAGUCGACACAAGAGUUAUCCUCUCUGAAACUGGCUGCCAAAGUAAAAAAAAAACAACCAUGAUCUUGUUUUGACUGGUGAAUCACAGCUCUUUAGCUGUUCUGUUCUGCGAAGUUAAAAGCCACUUUAAUGCCAUUCAAGGUGGGGUUGAGUCACUGGGGCUUCACAUCAGUACAAUACUCCACAGUUCAGAGAGAACUGUGUUGUUUCAAAAGGGAACAACACUCAUGAAGUGAGUUGUCAAAGUUAUUGUCCUUUCAUUUCUAUACAAUCAAACAUGAACUCCAAACUGCUCUUGUACUGACUUCUUUUGAAAUCUUUUAAGGAGUUUAUGAGAAAAAGUCCAUUCCUACAAAAGUUGUGUAAAAAGAAUCCUAAAAGAACUGAUGCCUCUCUUGUACUUGUUGUUGACAUUGUUGUGAUCUGUUAUCUGUCACAAAUUUUAGAACCUACUAGUCACAAACAACACUCUGAGUAGUUCGACAAAUGUCCGACUUUAUGAAUCAAAGAUCUGACCAGAUGGCAGAUAGCCAUGGCCAGAGGGCCUUUGAAUCCGGUCAUUGUGCUUCGAAGCCGUUGCACAGUGAACUAUUGCUGCUCCUCAGCCACUGCGAGUGUGUUGGGAGGUUUUUAAUGCCUCAGUUUCAGAGUCAAUCAAUUUCAGUCAUGAGAGCAUGACUCUCAAGAGUGUGAGUGCUCUUGUGCUGUAUGUGUCAGAAACCGGGAGCAAGAGACAGGACAGGACCAGCGAGGGAAAGUGAGGGAGAUAGAGACAGACAGAUAGAUGAACGGAUGAGCUCAGUGAAGAGCAUAAGGAGGGAUUGUUCUCGUCACAAAAGAGCAGGCCGUAGGCUGGAGGAAGUGCCAGUUACAAACAUGACCAAUGUCGACAGAUCUCUAUGAAUCAACAGGCUAAGAAUCUCUGCAGACCGCAGGCUAUGUAGUUGGAUUUGCAGGGACUGGUCAGCAUUUCAAUAACAGUUCAAAUGAUUUACUUCCAAAACAGGCCAAUGACAUGGCUUGUUCUAUAGUGAAAUAUUUUGGAUGAGGUUCAAAACCAGGGAAACUUUCACUAUCUUCUCAGUGUACUAUAUCGAUGAGUUUGAUUUUUUUAUUAUUAUUGUCAAAAAUGUGUGUUUGUAUGUAUUUUCGUUCUUUUGUUAUGCUCUGAAUGUCUUUCAAACGCAAAUAAACUUUUACCAACUGUUUAACA